GUGAUUCGGUUACACUCAAAUAUGGCUACCAUGGAGUCAGAGCUACAACUUUAAUAUUUGUACUAAUGCAGAAAUGUAACGUUUUACGUCAUUCUCCGUUUAGCAGUCGCGUGUAAUGAUCGUUUUUUGCGCGUACAAAUUGUGACUAGCCAGGCAAGGAGAUCAUCUCGAUGUGUUUAGCGUUAAUAAAGUAUUGCUCGAAAUUGCAGCUUGCUCCGCGAGCUGAUCGAAAUCGUCAGGAUUGAAAGCUUGAAAGCGAGAUCUGCUUUCGGUUUUCCCUCAUUUGAGGAUAUUUCUGCCUGUUUUUUCCCGAAUGUGGCCAGAGCUCGGCUCCUGUCAUCGCCUCGCAGGAGCUCAGAUAGCGGUCGGUAUGGCUUGUUUUCGGAUGAGGGAUGUAACCCGCGAGGAUUUGGCGAUGUGGGAUGAAGCGGAAUAAAGAAAAGUGAUCCGUUCAGACCGAAGGAAAGCGGCCGCUUUCUGCCUUUGGAUUAAACAUUGUCGAUUUUCCGGAUCUAAAAGUGGAUUUUACUGGAGUACGUGUACAGUAUCGCAGAAGAUAUCGCUUUGUCACGCUGGCUUAUUUUCCUGAGGAAUAGUGGUGUAUUCCUCCCCAACCCCCCAGCGCCACAAACACUAAACAAAAGUACUGUAUGUCACGUAUAUGACGGUUCUUGUCAUGAAGGAAAUAAAUAAAAAUUGCUAGGGUCGAAGAGAAUGUCAUCAGAGGAGAAAAGUCUAGACCCCUCUGACAAAGGACCCUCACCACCUCCUAGCAGCUCUGGGGCCACUCCCACAGGAAGUCCGGCCCCCACGGAUAAGCGGCCCCGGGGCCGCCCUCGUAAGGACGCAUUAUCCACGGCAACACCGCCGCCGUCUGUGCCCAGACAGAGAAAGAAGAAUCGGGGGCGAGGAAAAGCUCUGGUGGAGGAUGAAGACAGCACAGAUGGAAUGGAGACUGCAGAAACAGGAAGCACACAGGAGACAGUCACUAAAGGGCAGCAGGAGGAGACGGCGGGCGCCUCUGCCGUGGCAGUUUCAGCAGAGGGGGAGGAAGAGGAGCAGUCGUCAUCCCCUCUUCCUGCGAGCCCUGAGACGGGGGCGGCACAAACAUCAUCAGCCUCUGGAGAAGCUAAAAGCAGCGAACAGCUCUGUGCCUUCUGUUACUGUGGUGGUCGAAGCCUGUUGGGCCAGGGGGAUCUGAAGCCAUUCAGGGUCACGCCUGGAUACGACCCUCCACUCCCACAAUCCUCCGCAGAGGACGGCCACGACCGUGACGACAAGAGCGGGGCUGCCAGCCAAUCAGGGAGGCACAGGGGCCCAGAGAGUGUCGGGCCCGAGGAAGGAGGAGGCAGAUUCUGGGACGAGCUCCGCCACGUCGGCCUGCCGGACGGCAUUGACGUCCGAACAUUCUUUGAUGAGUCGGGUCAGUGCUGGGCUCAUCAAAGCUGCGCGUUGUGGUCAAAUUUUGUGUGUCAAGCGGAGGAUCAAUCACUGCUAAACGUGGACAAAGCCAUCCACUCAGGGAGCACAGAGCAUUGUGCAUAUUGUAAGCGCCUUGGAGCAUCCAUCAAGUGCUGUGAGGAGGGGUGUGAUCGCUCGUACCAUUACCCCUGCGCGGGGGCCGCCGGCACCUUUCAGGACUUCAGGAGGCGCUCUGUCCUGUGCACAGAGCACAUUGAACUGGCCGUCAGCAAAUAUGAAGAAGAGGCGAACUGUAUAUUGUGCGACAGCCCCGGGGAUCUCCUGGACCAGCUUUUUUGCACCAGCUGUGGGUUGCACUACCACGGCAUGUGUCUGGACAUCAGCGUCACUCCUCUGAAGAGGGCAGGCUGGCAGUGCCCCGAGUGCAAAGUCUGUCAGACAUGCAAGGAGCCUGGAGAAGACACUAAAAUGCUAGUGUGCGAUAUGUGCGACAAAGGCUAUCACACUUUCUGCUUGCAGCCGGCUAUGGACACUAUCCCCACCAACGGCUGGAGGUGUAAGAACUGCCGGAUGUGUGUUCAGUGUGGCACCCGGAGCGGUGAACAAUGGCACCACAACAGCCUACUGUGCCAAAACUGUGGCGAACAACAGGACACCACCGUCCCCUGCUUGUGUCCCAGCGACGUAGAUCCAGACGCCCACAAAGACCUGCUUUCUUGCCAUCAAUGCAAAAGAUGGUUCCACCCAGAGUGUGAGCGACCAGGUGAAGGUCACGCACAUCCACAGUCCAAAGAAGAUCACAUAUGUUCCGUCUGUAGAAACGCGAGCUUUGUAUCAGAUCCUGUGCGCACGGAUGCAGAAGGAAUCCAGGCGGAGAUUCAAUCACAUGUGGACGCUGAAGAAAACACACAGCCAGUUCCAUCAAACAACGAUUCUGAGCUUGACAAAGUUCAAGACGUAGAACCUCACCAGCCUGUCAGCGAGAUGCCGAGUGAAGAGAAGCAAGAGGAUGAAAAACAAUUGACGGAAAUUGGUGCAGACGCUAGUGGUGAUUUAGCCAAGCCAGAGUGCAGGGAGACCUCAGACCACAGCACAGAAAAUGAGCGGACUUCAGUUACAUCUCCUCAGGAGACAAAAGGUCCUGAAGUUUCAGAGCCGCAUGAGCAGCAGCUAGAUUCAGCUCCAGAGACGUCCACAGUCCAGCAGCUUGUGUCAUCUUUUGAAACAGAGGAGCCUCCUGAGACUUCAGCUACACUCAUGGAAAACAUCUCCCAAAAUGAGGAUGACAGCAAGCCCUGCCUGGAGGAGCAGAAAACCAACCUAUCACCCACCAAAGAGCCAACUCCAGCCUGUACCUCCCAUGAGGAAGAACCCAUGGAGGUUUCCUUCACGGAUGAACCUUCCACAGUGUCUCAUGGAGUUACCGUAGAGCCUGAGGUUAGUACUGCUAAGACUACACCAGGAGUUCAGAGCCAGGAUAUAACAGAUGUUAUGGUGCAGCAGCACGACAUUACUCCUGAGAGCCGCGUACAGGAAACGGACAUCACUAUGGAUAGUGAUGAGCGAUGUUUGGCCAAGCUGAGUUCACUGGUGGAGGAGAGGACGUCGUUACAGCAGCCUCCAUGCAGGCAGCCUGAGAGUUUGCCCUUGGUUGUGCAUGGGGCGUCCCAGCUCCAGUACCAGGCCCAGGCUGUCUCAGGACAAGCCAUCAGCAAUGUGCCUUCAUCCACCUUCAUACCAUUCACUCCAAAAAUCGGGAUGGGCAAGCCAGCCAUCUCUAAGAGGAAGUUUUCACCUGGAAGACCCAGAGUCAAGCAGGGAGCAUGGAGCACCUCUCGCAGACCGAGCUCCCCUUCAUGGUCCCUUGACCCGACUGAGGGCUGGGACGGGCCAAAGAGCAGGCAGCCCCACAGCACGGCCGCCUGGAUAAUCCGUGUGGGCCGGGGGUCUGGCUUCCCCAGCAGGAGACGCCCCAGGGGUUCGGGUGUCACGGGCCGGGGAGGACGUGGCCGUGCCAGAAUGAAGAACGGAGUCCCUCCAAUCCCAAUACCAGGACAGAUAAACAUCAUGGAACCCAUUUGCACAUUCAAGGAAGAGGAAGAAAACGCCAUGCACAAUACAGUAGUGAUUUUCUCUAGUACGGACACGUUCACUAUGAAACAGGAUAUGUGUGUGGUUUGUGGGAGUUUUGGACAGGGUGUGGAGGGUCGACUCCUGGCCUGUGCUCAGUGUGGACAGUGUUACCACCCCUUCUGUGUGAAUAUAAAGAUCACUAAGGUGGUGUUGAGUAAAGGCUGGCGGUGUUUGGAGUGCACCGUGUGCGAGGCGUGCGGUCAGGCCAGCGAUCCCGGACGUCUGCUGCUCUGUGACGAUUGUGACAUCAGCUACCACACCUACUGCUUAGACCCGCCCCUGCAGAACGUGCCCAAUGGGAGCUGGAAAUGCAAAUGGUGUGUGUCCUGUACGCAGUGCGGCGCCACGUCUGCGGGUCUGAGGUGUGAGUGGCAGAAUAAUUACACUCAGUGUGCCCCUUGCGCCAGCCUGGCCUCAUGCCCGCUGUGCCAGCAGGACUACAACGAGGAGGAGAUCAUCCUGCAGUGCCGCCAGUGUGACAGGUGGAUGCAUGCCUCGUGUCAGGGAAUCCACUCAGAGGAGGAGGUGGAAAAGAUUGCAGAUACCAGCUUUGACUGCAGUCUGUGCCAAGGCCAUACGCCCCUCUCUCCUGCGCCUGGAACGCCGGCCAAGUCUUGUUUGGAUUUAGUCGAGUCUGUUCUCAUGCCACAGAGAGUCACAAAAGCAAGAGAUCCUGACCUGACGAGGACGUACACCCAGGACGGCGUUUGUCUCACAGAGUCUGGUCUGUCACAGCUCCAGAGUCUCGCCAAUGCAGCCUCGCGGCGGAGACGCUCCAAACCCAAACUCAAACUGAAGAUCAUAAACCAGAACAGUGUGGCCGUGCUGCAGACGCCUCCAGACCCACAGACCGAACUCUCCAGAGACGGAGACCUCGACGACACCAAAACAGAAGGGGAGAUGAUGGUGGACGGUGAGGUGAAGUCAGACUCCAGCCCAGAGAGAGAGCCCACAGCAGAAGACGACUCUAAAGAAACCGAUCCCUCCAAGAAGAGGAAGAGGAAGCCCUACCGCCCAGGUAUUGGAGGAUUCAUGGUCAGACAGAGGAACCGGAUGGGUCCGGGCAGAGCCAAACAGGCCUUGGUCCGAAAGGACUCCACUGGAUCUGAAACCCUGCAAGGCAAAGAUGAGAGCUGGGGCGACCAAGCGCCUGACACUCCAGUUGAUGAAAAACACCCUUUGUCUGAUUUUCCUGACAAUCCUGAGGUUAAAAUACGGAAACGCUACAGGAAAAAGAAGACCAAACUGGAGGAGGCUUUCCCUACUUACCUACAGGAGGCCUUUUUUGGGAAAGACCUGCUGGACAAGAGCAAACAGAGCAGACAGGAAACCACACGGCUGCUAGAGGAUGAGCGAGACAGGAAACAGUUCCCGGCCAAUCAGAUGAAGCCAUUGUCAAAUGCAUCACUCAGUGCGUCAGCGACACCGCUGCCCAGUAAAGCAGUAGCAGCACAGAAUUCUGUGGAGCCUCUAGUGGACCUGUCCGAAGAGCUGAAAUCAGACACAGAGCUGCUGGGAAUGUUUUCUGAUAACAAGCAAACAGAGGAGUCCGGUCUUGAUUUUUGCCCUUUCCAAGUUGAGUACUCUCCUUCACCAUUUGGUCUGGACGUUGCACCUUUAACAGAGGACGCAUCUGUUUCGUCUCAAACUCAUCUAGGCCGAACUCAUCCACGUCAGGUGCACGAGGAGCCACUGGAUGGCAUCCUCAGCCCUGAACUGGACAAGAUGGUCACUGAUGAAUCAAUACUCAGCAGACUCUACAAAAUACCAGAGCUUGGUGGGAAGGAUGUGGAGGAUCUCUUCACAGCUGUCCUGAGCCCCAGCACCAGCCAACCUCCUCAGAUGCCUCAACAGAUCCAGGGAGCUCAAACCCUGCAAGGUCCCGCAGGCCCUGGUUUACAUCCCUCCCAACCCAACUCAGGAAUGUCUUCACGAAUGCCAGUGAUGAACGGUUUGAUGGAACCCAAACAGCAGUUUUCACAGUCCCAAAUUGGUCCUGGAGCAGGGCCUGAUAUGGCUCGAAAUAUCCCGUCGAUGCAGCGCAUGCCUUUCUCAGACAAUCUUAGGGACAGGAAGUUCAAUCUGAUAGCGCAGGAGACUGCUGGUCCGUGGUCAGCAACAGGGUCAGCUUCUGCCUCUGCUCCAGCCGCUGCCUCCGAGGUGGAGGGAGACUCCAUGUCCACUGCACAGAAAAGCACUCUGAAGUGGGAAAAAGAGGAAACACUCGGAGAACUUGCCACCGUUGCACCGGUCCUGUAUACUAAUGUCAACUUCCCAAACCUCAAGGAGGAAUAUCCAGACUGGUCAACACGAGUAAAACAAAUUGCAAAACUCUGGAGAAAAGCAAGUUCACAGGACCGGGCGCCAUAUGUGCAAAAGGCCAGAGAUAACAGAGCAGCCCUGCGCAUUAACAAAGUUCAAAUGUCCAACGAGACCAUUAAGCGGCAGCCGCCUCAGCCACAGCAGCCUUUAGAAGUGUUUGAUCCUGCUAUUCCACCUCUGGACCCGGAAUUACUGUUCAAAGAUCCACUGAAGCACAAGGAAUCAGAGCAUGAACAAGAAUGGAAGUAUAGACAGCAAAUGAGACAGAAAAGUAAGCAGCAAGCCAAGAUUGAAGCUACACAGAAACUUGAGCAGGUGAAGAAUGAGCAACUUCAACAGCAGCAGCAGCAACAACUUCCGUCAAUCAGCCAAUCUGAGUUUGACUCUUCCGGUAACCUGAAGAGUCCAGUGUCUGUGCAUUCCAACAAUGGGAGCAUGUCUCCCAAGCAGCCCAGUACAAAAAAUGGGGUUUCAAAGUCACAGCUACCUAGCACGCCAACAUCGUGUUCCCCAGAUGAUGUCUUUUUGCGGCCUCAUCCACCACCCCCAUCUUCAGGAUCUCAGCCACAGAGCCCUCAGAUGUUCUCCCCAAGCUCCUCUGGCUCUAGACCAUCCUCACCCUGGGAUCCCUACACCAAAAUGGUAGGCACACCCAGACCUCCACCCACUGGGCAGGGAACUCCCCGCCGUAACUCAGAGUCAGGGAAAUCUCCCAGGGGUCUUUCAGAGCCAAUUGGCUCUCCAACAGCCAUAUGUAAUGACCCCUAUGCCAAGCCCCCCGACACCCCAAGGCCAGCAGGACCUACAGACCCUUUUCUCAAACCCAUGUGCCCUCCCAGGGCAAGUCAGACUUUGGAAGGGAGACAUCUUAUUGGCUCCCCAGGCCAUGAUCCAUUUUCUAGGGUGUCUGUGAGAAAGGAAGCCUACCAGAGGAUGCCUCAGGGCAGGAUGAUACUCUCGGACCCAUAUGCUCGUCCUUUACUCACUCCUAUCCCAGGCAGCAAUGAAUCAGGGUCCGUCCAGGUCUUUAAAACUCCUAUGCCACCCCCUCAGGCUCAGGAACAAUAUGCAGGUAUGCAUGCACGGAGAGCAAGUGGGGAUCCCUUUGAAAGACCAAUGAUGCCCCCUCGUUCCUCUGAGGGAUUCUCCCAGAAUCAACAGAAUGAUCCUUACGCACAGCCUCCACUCACUCCUCGUCCUGCAGUAGGUGACGGCUAUGCAAAUCAAAGGGUUCCACGACCACCCCAAACCCUCCCUUUUUCUCAGCCUGGGCCAAUGGCUCGCCAGCCUUCCUGCAACCCAUAUGCUCGAGCCCCUUCCACCCCUCGUCCAGACUAUUCCCAGUGCGAUCCCUAUGGACAACAACCUGCUACACCAAGACCUUCCAGUGACCCUUUUGCCCCAUCUCCAUUUUCUAACCCAUACUCUAGAAUGCCAGGCACACCUAGACCACAUGACCCUGAGCCCUACUCUCAGCAGACUGCAUCUCGCCAUCCAAUCAUGAUGAAUCAACCCUCUCAGCAGCAACCCUCUCAGCAGACUCAGAACCGCAUAAUGUCCCCUAUGGACCCUUAUGCACAACCCCCUGGUACCCCUCGCUCAGGAAUGGUAGACCGGUUCCCCAAGUCUCCAAGUCACCAAAGGACUCCUGAUCCUUUUAGUCAACCUCCUGGACUGCCACGAUCUGUAGGGCCUGAUCCUCAUGCACAGACAUUGGGAAGGUCCCAGUCAUUGCCUAAUGAUUCUUGUGCACAUCCCUCACGAACGCCUCAUCCUGGAGGCGUCGGACAGGGAUUGGGACCUGGGCCCAUGUCAAAUCAAGAUCCAUUCUCUCCUCCUCAAGUCUUGAUGCAAGACACUUUUGCCAGUCCAACAAAACAUGUUCCGCAGACUCUUAAACAUCUGGGCAUGACAGAUGAAACGGUAUCUCAACCGCUAUCCAGUCGACCCAAUCAGACUCCCAUUCAUGACCCCUUUGAGCAAGCCCCCAUGCUUCCACAUCCUCAAUGUGGAGAAAAUAAAGAGCAACAAGGUUUGGUACAGAGUAUGAGUUCCCACCCCAUGGGGCAGCCCAGCAUUGAAGCUCAAACGGUACCUCUUGCUGAAGCAGAGGAAAGACUCAGACAGCGCCAGCGUAUUCGAGAGUUGCUCCUCAAACAGCAACAGCAGAAGAGUGCCAUACGUCAAGAUAAGGGUGUACAGGAUCAUCCUCUGGCCAUGCCUCCAGGAACCCCUCAGCAUUGGAGUCAGGAGUCUACAGGCCAACAGAGUGAAAUUUUUAAUCGCCCACCACCACCAUAUCCCGGUCCAGUAGCUGUGAGAGCCCCUCAGAGAUUUCAUGGGCCAUUCCCAGGAGAUCAACAGGGGCAUUUCCCUGACGCCCAGUUUCCUAGACCACAGUUUCCUGGGGAUGCUGACUCAAAUAUAAGGCAGCUUGGGCCAAGGAUGCCCAUCUCUCCUAAUGUCCAAGGUCCUCUGGGAGUUCCAAGGCCUCAUCAGAUGCAGGAACCAAUAAUUGAAGCUCAUCCACAGAUGAGAAGAUCCAUGUCUAUGGACUUGGGAAAAUCAAUAGGAGGCAACCCUUUAGUAACCCCACAUUUGCCCCCUCGUGGCAUGCACGUGCAACAGCAUAACAUCAUGGGGCAGCCUUUCAUAGAACUGAGACACAGGGCACCAGAUAGUAGAUUGAGGCUUCCAUUUGGAACAACUCCUAUGCAGGGAAAUCGAAUGGAAUCUCCCUCAUUGCAGCGACCCCCAAGUUUCAUGGGUGGCCAAGAAAUGGGAUUCCCCUUUAAUCAGGUUCCAAAGCCAAUGGACACAGCAAUGAAUCAGCCUCAGGUAGUUAAUACGCAGAUGCAGGCAUCUCUCAGCUUGGGGAAUUUACAGCAGGCCAAUAUUCAACUGAGAGCCGGACAUCCACAAAUCCCCCUAACAAGGUCUAUAAGCCAACCCGCUUCCAAUGAGACACUCACCGCUCCCUUACUUACAAGUAUCGCUGCUACAUCUGCUGUUCAAAACGAUGAGGGUCCUUUAUCCACAAAUGAGGUACCUGAGGAGAAAAUCGAUACUGAUGAAUCUGCUGUGAAGGACCUUGAAGAUGUAGAGGUGAAGGACCUUGUCGAUGCAGAUUUAGAGAACCUAAAUCUCGAUCCAGAUGAUGGAAAGGACUUGGAUCUUGAAACGAAUGACCUGCAUCUAGAUGACUUCUUAACGUCUGGGAAAUUUGAUAUAAUUGCCUAUGCUGAUGCUGAUUUAGAUCUUAGCGAGGAUCUGGAUCUCAAUGAUCCAAUAGAAGACCACACUGAGACGUCUGAUUUCCAAAAGACAAAAUCUGAGAAAAAGACUGACAGUUUUGAUGGCUCAUCGUCAUCAUGUUCUACAUCGACAGACAAGGACGUGGUAGACAAAACUGCCCAGUCUCAAGGUCACAUCAGUCAAGAUGUUUCUCAGGAUCAGGUGUUGGCUUCCUUAAAAACAGAGGAGGAUAGCAAAAAUGGACUUAAAGAUUGCUUGUCCCAAGACACUUCUUGUAAGAAUCAGGUCAAUGAUAGUACUGCCAUUAAUCAAGCUAGCUUUGAAAGUGACAUUGAUGCCAGUUUACAGGUUGCAAAGUCUGGAAUUCAUCCCGAUGCUACUCCAGUGCUUUCAAGCAUGCUGGUCAAUGUACCACCAGAAGAUGAAUCACAGAAACAGGAACAUUGUGGGCAGACAGCUGCACAAAGCAACGCUCCAAAUCAGGAAGCUGCAAUGUCACUCAGUAGCACUAUGCUGGGGCAAGAAAACUUCUCAGUGCAGGGGAUGGAUACUGGUCUCAGUAUUGACCAGUCUUUGGUGUCUUCCCAUGGUGAAGGUGCAUUAGAAGUCCCAGGCUCCAUUCAGGAACAGCAGCAAAGCCAUAUUUUUGGUUUGGAUCAAAAGGAUGCUGUACUCUCAGGGGAACAACACAGUAUUCUUGCCCAACAGGCAAUGUUGUCACAGCAAGGCCAGCAGAACAGACCAUUGCUUCUGGAGGAGCAGCCCCUCCUUCUUCAAGACCUCCUAGAUCAAGAGAGACAGGAGCAGCAGCAGCAGAAGCAAAUGCAAGCUAUGAUAAGACAGCGUUCUAGUGACUCAUUCUUCCCCAACAUAGAUUUUGAUGCUAUCACAGACCCCAUAAUGAAGGCAAAGAUGGUCGCAUUAAAAGGAAUCAAUAAAAUGAUGGUUCAGAACAACAUGGGAAUGUCUCCUAUGGUCAUGAACAAUGUCCAGACAGGACAGGCACUACCAGCUCCUGAGGGAGGUAUACCUCCAAUGCAGUUGGCAGGACAGGAUGGCAAACCUGCUCCUCACAUGGCACGACCCAAUCCCCCAAAUUUUGGAACAGGAUUUUCCCAUGAUGCACAGAAGGUUCAGUAUGAGGACUGGCUCAGGGAAACCCAGCAGCUGCUUCAGAUGCAGCAGAAGUUUUUGGAGGAGCAGAUUGGGGCCCAUAGAAAGUCAAAAAAGGCCCUGUCAGCCAAGCAGAGAACUGCCAAGAAAGCAGGACGGGAGUUUCCUGAGGAGGACGCAGAGCAGCUGAAACAUGUGACAGAGCAGCAGGGGGUGGUGCAGAAACAGCUGGAACAGAUUCGCAAACAGCAGAAGGAGCAUGCAGAGCUAAUAGAGGAGUACAGGGUUAAACAGCAGCAGCAAGGUGGCAUGCAGCCCGCAAUGAUGCAAGGAAUGCCACCAAUGCAGCCUCACGCUGGUAUGAUGCCAGUUGGGCCCCCAAUGAACCAACCUAUGAUGGGUCCCAUGAUGCCCAUUCGUCUCCACCCUGGCCAACCAGACGCAGCUAAUGUGACCAACACAGCAGGUUGGCACCCUGGUGCACCUGUUUCCAGCGGAGGACCUCAAAUGCCAGGAGUAAUGCCUGCUCAAGUAGUGCAGGCACAGCCUCCGCAGCCACCAGUGGCUAGGCCCAGUCAGGGGCAGGCAGGUGGCGAGUCUCCUCAUGUGAAUUUUGAUGAUACCAACCCAUUUAGUGAAGGCUUCCAGGAGCGUGAGCGCAAGGAGCGACUACGGGAGCAGCAGGAGAGGCAAAGAGUUCAGCUCAUGAAGGAGGUGGAAAGACAACGGGUGAAACACUGCAUGGAGCAACAGCAAGUCGCGAACUGCCAAGACGGUACAAUGAGGGCCUUGUCCCAAAUGCCUUUUUACAACCAGGAGCUCCCGCAGGACUUCAUGCAACCACCCAGAAUGCAGCAGCAGAUGCAAGGUCCGCCAUUUCCACAGCAGCAAGGCAUGCAACCAGGGUUCGUUGGAGGACCGCCCAGACCAAUGAUGGGUAACGGUCCGUUCCCUCAGGAAAUGGGACCUGGGUUUGUUUCUGAGAACCUAGCACUCCAUGGGCCUAACUUUGUCCAAGCCCAAGCUAGACCUCAGAGAUAUCCUGGGCCAAACAUGAUGCCCCAGAAUCCAGCUCAAGGGCAUCAGUUUCCAAUGGAGGGUCCCACGCCCUUGCCUCCAAACUUUCCAGGUCCCGGUCCGUCGCUUAUCCAGCUGUACUCCAAUAUCAUUCCAGAGGAGAAGGGAAAGAAGAAAAGGAACCGCAAGAAGAAGAAAGACGAUGAUUGUGAGUCGCUGAGAGCUCCUUCUACACCUCACUCGGACCUGACAGCUCCGUUAACACCUUGCGUUUCAGAUACAUCAUCCACUCCGACAAGGAACCCAAUGGUUUUUGGCGACCAUGAGUUCUGCGAGACGUCCCAGCCUGGAUCGUCUACACCAGGCUCCAUGAGCAGCCAGCCGCACUCUGAGCUGGAGCGCCAGCUCUCUGAAGGCAGCUGCGGUGGAGGGCCCGAGAUGGCCAUGGCCCAACAGGAGAUGCAUGACAGGAUCCUGUCCAACAUCAAAUUGGAGAAGGUGGAGGCGAGUGACUGCCAUGGGCAUAAGGGAAUGGAGAUGGAAAUGAGACUAGGCAUGGUGAAGGUAGAGGGAGAGAGGGAAGGAAUGUUGCUUCAUCCUUUGAACCAAAGUCCAGCCAACAGCUCGAAAGAAGCUGGGAAUGAGCUCCUCAAACACCUCCUGAAGAAUAAGAGGACUCCACCUCCUGCAUUGCCCCACCAGAGAUCUGAAGACAGUUUGAGGUCAGAGGAAGAGGGAUCCAUGGACUGCAAAGCAUUUCUGCGACAGAGCUCCAUGGACAGCACUGGGACAUUUUCGGAUUCACACCCUGAUUUCCCUGGACCAUUACUUCCAGAGGACAAAAAGAAACAGAGGAACAAGAGGGCACCCAAGAGCGGAGACAGACCCGCUCCCCGCUGUAAAAAGAGGAAGAAAGAGGAGGACGAGAAUCAAGUGUAUUCCUCUACUGAGCCAGUAAUGACCCAGUUAAAACAGCAGCAGCUUUCUCUCUUGCCCCUAAUGGAGCCUCUGGUGGGGGUGAACUUUGCCCAUUUCGUGCCCUAUGGGGGUGGACAGCUGGAUGGAGAGAGCCGUCUCUCGGGCACAUUUGGGAGCGCCUCAUUGGAUGGCGUCUCUGACUAUUACUCCCAGCUGAUUUACAAGCAGAAUAAUCUGAGCAACCCCCCCACACCUCCUGCCUCCCUGCCCCCGACUCCUCCUCCAGUGGCGCGCCAGAAGUUGCUCAAUGGCUUUGCCACAACAGAGGAGCUUGCCAGCAAAGGUGGUGUCAUUGUUGGCCAUGAUGUCACCAAAGGGCUGCUUUCUCGACCGCUGCAGUUUAAGGCUGAGGAGGAGCUGCUGGCUCGAGCUCUAGCUCAGGGGCCCAAAACUGUGAAUGUGCCGGCCUCUCUUCCCACCCCGCCUCAUAACAACCAAGAAGAGCUCAGGGGACAGGAGCACUGUGAAGACAGAGACACCCCAGACAGCUUCGUCCCGUCUUCUUCCCCAGAGAGUGUCGUUGGCAUGGAGAUCAGCCGCUAUCCUGAUCUCUCAUUGGUCAAGGAGGAGCCUCCUUCUCCAGCCCUGUCUCCAGUAAUUCCAAUGUUUCCUGUCUUUAGGGGCAAAGGCUCAGAGGUCAGGUUACGAGAGGUCAAGACGGAGCCUUCGUCAAUGUUUUUCGGCUCUCCAUUUGGAUCAGUGCAAAAUGGCUCCAACACUGGACUGGUGUCCAUCGCCAUCACACUGAAACCAGCAGCUGCUGAGAACAUCACUGACGUGGUUGCAGCCAUUGCUGACCUGAUCCAUGUGAAGAUCCCCAGCAGCUAUGAGGUCAGCAGUGGCCCCGGAGGAACUAUGGGGGCCAUCAAGACCUCUGUGGAUCCACAGCGUCUGACCUCUGCACUUCAUGAGCCGAAUGGACCGCGGGUCACACAGCAAGCACCUCAGCACCUGCAGCUUCAGCACAACCAUAACAAAAGUCUUGUUGGCAGUAGACUGCAGGGUAAGAAGGGACACGAAAGCCCAGGACUGAAGCAACAGUGGUGUCAGCACUGUAAAGUGGUUGUUCUGGGCAAUGGCGUGAGGAAAAUGACCAAAGAUGAGCAGGGCAAAGCACAGGAGUCUCAGUUAUGUUCGGACGGUGGUUUGGUGUUCUGCAGUCAUAGCUGUCUCAUUCUGCACUCAUCAUCCUCUCAGUCCAAUGGGAGCACAGACACCAAGGCGUCUGUUGCUCUACUUUCUGAAAGUGCUUUGAAGCAGAGUCCCUCAAAAGUCCAGCACCAGUACAGCAACAACAUGUCCUCGCUGGAUGUCCACUGCCUGGCCCAACUCCAGCCCAAACCAUCCCCUCCUUCUCCAAACCUCCACAUGGCUUUUACCCCAGCCGAGGCAGCUCAAGCGAUCAAGAUGGAAUCCAAACCUGAAAGCAUAUCGGAGAGUCAUCUGAAAGUGACGGUAAAGCUUAAACCACGUUCUCAGAGCCUGAUGGAAGACAAACCGUGGCAUCACGGCAAACGGUGGAAAGGUCUGCGCUGGCGAAAAUGGACGGUACACAUUACAAUACCAAAAGUUGCCACCCAAACAUCUGAGUCGGAAUUUGAGGAGCUUUUGCAGCAGCUCAACUCAUCUUUGCGGCCGUGCUCAACGACUCGCGAUCGACGCCGCUGCUGUUUCUGCCAACAGAUAGGCGAUGGGAUGACGGAUGGUCCAGCCAGGCUGCUCAACUUGGAUUUGGACACUUGGGUGCACCUCAACUGCGCUCUCUGGUCCUCUGAGGUUUACGAGACGCAAGCAGGUGCCUUGAUCAAUGUGGAACUGGCACGCCAACGAGGGCAAACUGUGGUUUGUGCGUUCUGUCAGCGCUUGGGCGCCACCAGUGGCUGUCAUCGACUGCGUUGCCUCAACAUCUACCACUUCACCUGCGCCCUACAAGCCGGCUGUACGUUUUUCAAGGAUAAGACCAUGCUGUGCCACCAGCACCGGCCGCGAGGAUCUGGCGCCGCCGCCGGGUUGCAUUUAGAACAGCAGCUGCGUUGCUUCUCCGUGUUCCGCCGCGUUUUCGUGCAGCGCGACGAGCUGCGACAGUUAGCUGCGGCUGUGCAGCAGCCUGAGCGUGGCCAUACUUUCCGUGUGGGCAGUUUGCUUUUCCAUGCAAUGGGUCAGCUGCCACCUGCACUGCUGCCCACGUUUCAUUCAACCACAGCCAUCUUUCCACCUGGCUACGAGGCGAGCAGACUCUACUGGAGCAUGCGGCACGGUCAGAAGCGCUGCCGGUACGUCUGCUCUGUGGAAGAGCACGAGGGGCGUCCUGAAUUCACCAUCCGCGUUAUUGAGCAGGGAUAUGAAGAACUGUUGCUGACUGACACCACUGCUAAAGGAGUCUGGGAUAAGGUUCUUGGGCCCGUGGCUGAGAGGAGAGCUGAGACGGGCAUGCUGAGACUCUUCCCCAUCUAUCUCAAGGGAGAGGACCUGUUCGGACUCACCGUCUCAGCAGUUACCCGCAUUGCUGAAUCGCUGCCGGGUGUGGAGGCGUGCUCGAGGUAUCGAUUCCGCUAUGGACGUAAUCCCAUGUUGGUGCUUCCGCUGUCCAUCAAUCCAUCUGGCUGCGCUCGUUCUGAGUUGCAGACGUACCCCCAUCAUGAGAGGUUAAAGAUCCUCUCUGUGUGGUCCAGAACAUCUCACUGCAUCCAGAACUCAACGGUGGCGGAGAGCGGAUCAUCUCACAGCAAGCACUUUGUGCACUCGAAGUCAUCUCAGUACCGCAGGCUAACCAGCGACUGGAAGACAAACGUCUAUCUGGCACACUCUCGCAUCCAGGGUCUUGGGCUGUUUGCAGCGCGUGACAUUGAGAAGCAGACCAUGGUGAUUGAAUACAUGGGGGACAUUCUGCGCACCGAAGUGGCCAUGAGGAAAGAGCUGCUGUACAAGGCUAAGAACCGUCCAGCGUACAUGUUCCGCAUCGACAGCGAGCGGGUUAUCGAUGCAACCCGGUCUGGAAGCCCUGCGAGGUACAUCAAUCACUCAUGCUUACCAAACUGUGUGGCUGAGGUUGUGACGUUCGAGCGGGGCCACAAGAUUAUCAUCAGUGCCGCCCGCAGGAUUGAGAGGGGAGAAGAGCUCUGCUACGAUUACAAGCUCACCCCGGUUGCAGAUCAGAGCAAGAUCCCAUGUCACUGUGGAGCCUCCAACUGCCGCAAGUGGUUAAACUAAAGAGGAGUGACAACAACAACUCCUCCAACAACUCUGAGGUGCCAAUUUACCAGAGGAAACGUGCAAAGAGGAAACAGCCAAUCCUGGAAGUUGUUGUAACGGGCGAUCAUUUUUUAAACGUGCAAAACUAAGAGGAAACACAACGCGAGAAUACAGCAUUGUGUGAGAGCCAUUCGUAUCAUUUGUUGACUUGAAAGGAGAAGGUUCCGUUAUGUGCAUGUGCCAUGAGUCUGUGUGUGUGUGUGUGUGUGUGUGUGUGUGUGUGUGUUUGUCAGCUCGAAUGCGUGUGCGUCACACGGGGCAGAUUUCACCAGCGAACGAGGACGGAGAAUGAGCGCGAGCACUGUGCCGGGUAUUGCCUUAUAGGUUGAUGGAGGGGCAGGCCCAUCUGUAUGACGAGAUCUGUAGAGACUGAACCGUAGAAAUCAAUGUAGAACAUCACUGAAUGGAGAAUGUACGGAAUUGACUUCCGCAAAGGGAAAAAAAAACAUGUUGCACUAAGAAAAAAAACAAAAAAAAGAAAACAAAAAAAGAAACAGAAAAGAAAACGAACUCACAACUCAAAA